AUGGCCCAGCCACGCACUCGAACCUCGACCAGGACCUCGUCGCGCUCGUCCGCCCCGUCCUCGAGCGCCCGCCGACCUCCUCCCGCCCCUCCCGCCGCCUCGCUCCCGCUUCCUGCGUCCAUCCGCGGCGGCGAGGGCUUCUACCCGGCGUCGAGCAGUGCAGCGAGCACCAGCACAAGUGCACGCCCCAGCACGGGCGAGCCCCUCAAGCGCCCGACCGGCGUCCCUCGCCCCCCGACCUCGUCCCGCCCGCGCACACUGCGCCCGACCGUGCCGCGCUCGCCAGCCUCGAGCCAAGAGUCGCUCAUCAUCGUCGAGCCGGCGUCACCUCAUCCUGCGCCGGCCCCGCCACGCCGACCCGCUACAAAGCGCACCACGACCCCGUCCUUGUCGCCCUCCCCCUCUCGCUCGACCACCCCGACCCCGACCCUCGCCUCGGCCAGAUCAACCACGCCGACCUACGACCCUCUCCCGCCCUCGUCAAGCUCCACCUCGACCGUGCGGCGCCCCUUGCCGCCGUCGUGCUUCCGCCCACGUCCUCCCUCACCGCCCCCUCGACCGCGCUCGCCCAGCCCAGAAGUCGUCUCACCCUCCCCUCGCAAGCGCCCUCGCCUGCGCCCGUCCUCCCCGUCAUCCGCGACCGCCCCAUUUCCGGCGGACCUCUCCUCGUCGCUCGUCCCUGCACUGCGCGACACCGACUUUACGGCGCUCGACCCGGCGUCGACCUACCGCCUCGACGCGUCGCUCCUCUUCCGCGCCGAGUACCUCGAGCUCGGCGCGCCCACGUUCGCGCAGGGCGGCAAGCGCGGGUACGGCGGGGCGGCGGCGACCAAGUGGGAGCGCGAUCGCGCGAGGGCGAGGGCGCAGGCCGGUGCGGGCCGCGGCGGCGGCGCGACGCGCGACGAGGACGGCUGCGGCGAGGUGCCGCGGUGGGCCAGGACGGACGACGACCGCGAGUGGGAGGAGGACGUCCUGCAGCGGCUCUCGUCGCGCCUCGCGGCCCCGACGACGACGACGGCGAGCACGGCGCUCGUGCCGCUCCUGUUCGCGGCCGACGUCGCGCGCCUGCGAGGCCCCGUGCGCCUCGGCGAGGCCGGUGCAGCGCUCGAGUGCUACGUCGUCGGACGCGAGUGGCCCGUGCGCACGGGCGUGUGGACCGGGUGGGUCGUCGCCAAGGAGUGGAGGGAGAAGGAGAACAGCUGGGUCUACGCCGUCGAUGACGGCACCGACGUCCUCGAGGUCGUGUGUCCCUCUUCGUCCUUCUCCCCCUCGUCCUCCCUGCCGGGCACCACUUCCGCCGCCCAGCUCCCCCUCUUCCUCUCUCGACCCUCGACCUCGUCCACGACGUCAGCCACGACCUCGAGCGCCGCCGUCUCGCCCCGCAAGGCGCUCGCGGCCGCCCAGUUCGGCCACCUCGAGCAGCGCGCCGAGCAGCAGAGCGAGCGCGUCGAAGUUCGAGAGGGCGAGUGCGUGCGGGUCGUCGGGCGCGUCGAGGAGAGGAGGAUGGUGUGGGACGAGGGGAGGAGGGUCGUCGCGCUGCGCAUGGACAUCCUCGACGACGUCAACGCCCUCUCAAUGCACCACACGCAGGCGGCGCAGCUCCACCGCACGCUGUACGCCUUGCCGUUCGACGCGCGCACGCGACUCGCCCAGGUCGAGCGCGACGAGCUCGAGGCGCGCCAGGCGGCGUGGGAGACGGCGAGCUGUGCGACGGCGACGACGAGCGGGACGGGCGGCGGGAGCGAGUGGGGCGGCAGGGGAGGAGGGAGCGUCGCGAGCAGUCCGGGGAGGGGAACCCACUACCGCCCGACCCGGCCGUCGAAACUCGCGAGGGAGGACCUGACCCUGAGCAACUUCAUCAUCUACGUCCGCCACCACCUCCGCAAGCGCUACGUCGUCGCCAUCCCGUUCCCCGGCUCGCCCACCGACUUCGACAUGUCCCCGCCGCCAUCGUCGCAGCGCUCCCCCUCGUCGUCCUCGCCCUCCUCCUCGACCUCGUCCUCCUCAACAAGCCGCCACACCGCCGAGCUCGCCCUCCCCUUCACGCUCGCCGCCAUCCAGGCCAACGCGCACCUGUCCCUCUUUGCGUCUCGCCUCGCGCAAGAGCAGGCGCGCGUCGCGCGCGACAAGGAGCGCGGCGUUCGGCCCGGCGCAGCGACGAGGGCGUGGGUCGCGCCGCCGCCCAUGGGCUCGGGGCGCGGCGCGCAGCACGUGUCGAGGGGCUCGGUCGGCAUGGGCGCGGCGAGGCUGCUGCCGCCGCCGUCGGCGUCGUCGUCAACGUCGUCGAGCAGUCGUCGCUCGCGCGCUCCCCUCGCGCCGCACGAGCACGAGCCGCCGCUCCUCGAGGGCGCAGAGCUCGAGCGCGCCAUUGCGAGGGUCUGGCGCGAGGCGAUCCGCACGAUGCGCAAGGCGGGCAUGGUCGUCGAGGCCGAGGACGCGACGGCUCGAGGCGACGAGACGGUGCCGGCAGGCGAGCUCGGCGGCAAGGUCGUCGAGGACGAGCUGCCCGACUUGCCGAGGUGGGAGCGAGGUCGAGGUGCGCCGGCGCUCGCGCCGCAGACGCCGAGGCGUCGGGCCGGGCGGGUCGGCGAGGACGAGGACGAGGGGACGCCUCGAGCCGCUCAGCCGGCCGGCGGGUGCCCUUGGGGCGACGUCAAGCUGUUCGGACCCGACGAGGAGGACGAGGACCCGAGCGGCCAAGACGGUCUGGGCACGCCUCGAGCGAGUCGAGCUCUCGGCGCCGCUCGGAUAGCGCCUCCUCCCGUCACGCCCGCCCGGCCCAAGGCGCACGGUCCGACGCCGACAUGGUCCGCCUCGUCCGGCACGAGCUCGACCAGCUCGUCGACAGCGCAAGCGCAGCAGUCGUUCCAGCUCGUCACGGCCGGCUCGCUCGCCCCUCUGCUCCUCACCGUCCUCUCGACCCUGUUCGACCACCGCCGACGGCCCGACAAGCGCAGCGGUGCGCCGCCGCCCUCGUCGGUGAGGGAGCGCGACCUGCGCGUCGUGCUGCACGGCGACGAGCGGUGGGCGGCCGUCGCGCAGUACAGCGAGGCGGUCGGCAAGGCGCUCGAGGUGCUCGCGAGCGAGGGCAGGGUCGAGCGGCAUGGGCUGGGCUGGAGGCCGUCGGGCAUGGGCAGGGGACGAUAG